AUGGCGUUCAUCCGCGUGCUCAAGAGCAAGGCCUACUUCAAGAGGUACCAGGUCAAGUACCGCAGGCGAAGAGAGGGGAAGACGGACUACUACUGCCGCAGGCGUAUGGUCCUGCAGGACAAGAACAAGUACGCAUCGCCCAAGUACCGUUUUGUUGUGCGUUUCACCAACAAGCGCAUCAUAUGCCAAAUCAUCUCCGCGACCAUCGUCGGUGACAAGGUGCACGCCUCGGCUGACUCGUCCGAGCUCAAGCACUACGGUGUCAAAGUCGGGUUGACUAACUACGCGGCCGCAUACUGCACCGGGCUCCUGCUGGCUCGCAGGCUCCUCGCGCAGCUCAAACUUGACACCCAAUUCAUCGGAAAGGAGGAGGCUGAUGGUGAAUCCUUCCACAUCGAGGAGGAAGACCACGAAACGAGGCCGUUCAAGGCCUUGCUCGAUGUCGGCAUCAAGAUUGUCACCACCGGAAACAAGGCUUUCGGCGCCCUUAAGGGAGCGUGCGACGGUGGACUCCACAUCCCCCACAGCGAAAAGAGGUUCCCGGGUUACACUGUAGGAGACGACAAGCAGUCGAACUACGAUGCAGAGGCGCACCGCGACCGCAUUAUGGGUGUACAUGUGGCGAACUACAUGCGCGAAAUGAAGGAGGAGGACCCUGAGAAGUACCAGAAGCACUUCGCCGCUUUCCUCAGAGAGGGAAUCAACGAGGACAACCUCGAGGACAUGUAUGUCCGCGCACACGCCGCAAUUCGCCAAAACCCAAUCAUCCAGAAGGAGAAGAAGCCGGCGCCGUCCAGGACGAUCAAGGGACACACUGUCAUCACCGCCGAAGGAAAGACAUACGUUCGCAACAAGAAGAUCACCAAGGAACAGCGCAGAGAGAGGGUCAGGCAGAAGAUGCUCAUGUGCGUCCAAGGUCAGGAAUAA